GGCGCCGUGGAGGAAGCGGAAGGCGAGGGGCGGCCGGCGGCUGGCUGCAGCUCCGGCGAGUCCUGCUCCGAAGGCGAGCCGCGGGAAAGGCGCGUGUCGGCCGCUCACUGGCGGCAGAGCCGCGGCCGCCCCGCCCCGCCCUGGCGCUCCCAGGGCACGCAGCGCCGCCCGGGAUGGGCAGCGAGGGGCUCGCCGUGGCGCGGCGGGUGACAGGGGCUUGCGGUAAAAUGGGCCUUGUGCUUCUGCUCAGUGGACUGUGGCUGUUUUCAUCAGUCAAGGCAGAUUCAAAAGCCAUCACCACCUCUCUGACCACGAAGUGGUCUUCCACGCCGUUGUUGUUAGAAGCCAGUGAAUUUUUAGCAGAAGAGAGUCCAGAGAAAUUUUGGAAUUUUGUAGAAGCCAGUCAAAAUGUUGGAUUAUCAGAUAAUCACGCUACUGAUUAUUCCUAUUAUCAGGCAGUAUUGGAAGCUGCAUUUCGGUUUCUGUCACCUCUUCAGCAGAAUUUGUUGAAAUUUUGCCUGUCUCUGCGUUCUUACUCGUCUACAAUCCAAGCCUUCCAACAGAUAGCGGCUGACGAGCUCCCGUCAGAAGGCUGUAGCUCCUUUUUCUCAGUGCACGGAGAGAAGACGUGUGAUUUCGAUGCCGUUGAGACUCUCCUGCGGACAGCGUCUGAAAGGCCCAAACCUUUUUUGUUCAAAGGAGAUCACAGAUAUCCCUCAACUAAUCCUGAGAGCCCUGUGGUGAUUUUCUACGCUGAGAUUGGCUCUGAGGAAUUUUUUAAUUUCCACCACCAGCUUAUAUCAAAAAGUGAUGCAGGCAAAAUCAACUAUGUGUUGAGACAUUAUGUAUCUAAUCCCAGGAAGGAACCUGUGUAUCUCUCUGGCUAUGGUGUGGAAUUGGCCAUUAAGAGCACUGAGUACAAAGCAAAGGAUGAUACUCAGGUGAAAGGAACUGAAGUAAACACCACGGUGAUCGGUGAAAAUGACCCUAUUGAUGAAGUUCAGGGGUUCCUGUUUGGAAAAUUAAGAGAUCUGCACCCUGAUCUGUCAGUGCAGUUGAAGGAACUCAGAAAGCAUCUAGUGGAGAGCACCAAUGAAAUGGCGCCUUUAAAAGUCUGGCAGCUGCAAGAUCUGAGUUUCCAGACUGCUGCUCGAAUCUUGGCUGCUCCUGUUGAAUUAGCUUUAGUGGUUAUGAAGGAUCUUAGUCAAAAUUUCCCUACGAAAGCCAGGGCAAUCACAAAAACUGCUGUGAGUUCAGAACUUCGAGCAGAAGUGGAAGAGAAUCAAAAGUAUUUUAAGGGGACUUUAGGCAUACAUCCUGGAGACUCAGCUAUUUUCAUCAAUGGACUUCACAUUGAUUUAGAUACACAGGACAUAUUCAGUCUUUUUGAUACCUUGAGGAACGAAGCUCGAGUGAUGGAGGGCCUGCACAGGCUGGGAAUAGAGGGGCAUUCUCUGCACAAGAUUUUGAAGCUGAACAUCCAGCAGUCCGAGUCCGACUACGCAGUAGACAUCAGGAGUCCUGCCAUUGCCUGGGUUAACAACCUGGAGCUUGAUAGCAGAUACAGUUCAUGGCCUUCUAACCUACAAGAGUUGCUUCGACCCACGUUUCCUGGCGUUAUCCGGCAGAUCCGAAGGAACUUGCAUAACAUGGUUUUCAUGGUUGACCCCACACAUGAGAGCACGUCGGAGUUGAUUAACACGGCUGAGAUGUUCCUCAGUAAUCAUAUACCUCUAAGAAUUGGUUUUAUCUUUGUGGUUAAUGACUCUGAAGAUGUUGAUGGGAUGCAAGAUGCCGGCGUGGCUGUCCUGAGAGCUUAUAACUAUGUCGUGCAAGAAGUGGAUCGGUAUCAUGCCUUCCAAACUCUGACACAUAUCUAUAACAAAGUGAGGACUGGAGAAAAAGUGAAAGUUGAACACGUGGUCAGUGUCCUGGAGAAGAAAUAUCCGUAUGUGGAAGUAAACAGCAUUUUGGGGAUUGACUCUGCUUACGAUCAAAGUCGGAAGGAAGCAAGAAGCUACUAUGAGCAGACUGGAGUCGGUCCACUUCCUGUCAUCCUAUUCAAUGGGAUGCCCCUUGAAAGAGAACACCUCGAUCCUGAUGAGUUGGAGACCAUCACAAUGCACAAAAUCCUGGAGACCACAAACUUCUUCCAAAGAGCCGUGUACUUGGGUGAGCUACCCCAUGAUCAAGAUGUGGUGGAGUAUCUCAUGAAUCAGCCAAAUGUUGUUCCUCGAAUCAAUUCCAGAAUUUUGAUGGCUGAGCGAGUGUAUCUGGACUUAACAGCAAGUAAUAACUUUUAUGUGGAUGAUUAUGCUAGAUUUACUGUCUUGGAUUCCCAAGGAAAGACUGCUGCAGUAGCCAACAGUAUGAACUAUCUAACAAAGAAAGGAAUGUCCUCCAAGGAAAUCUAUGAUGAGUCUUUUAUUCGGCCGGUGACUUUCUGGAUUGUUGGGGAUUUUGAUAGCGCUUCUGGGAGGCGAUUGCUGCACGAUGCUAUCAGACAUCAGAAAUCCAGUAACAAUGUAAGGAUAAGCAUAAUCAAUAAUCCCAGUGCAGAAAUAAGCCACAAGGACACUCAGAUCGCCAGAGCAAUCUGGGCAGCCCUCCAGACGCAGAGCUCGAACGUGGCCAAGAACUUCAUCACCAAAAUGGCCAAGCAGGAGACAGCAGAGGCCCUGGCCACCGGAGCGGACAUCAGGCAGUUCUCAGUCGGGGGCAUGGAUUUCAGUCUUUUUAACGAGGUCUUUGAGUCUUCCAAAAUGGAUUUCAUUUUGUCUCAUGCCGUGUACUGCAGGGAUGUCCUGAAGCUGAAGAAGGGACAGAGGGCAGUGAUCAGCAAUGGAAGGAUCAUUGGACCACUGGAGGAGAGUGAACUCUUUAAUCAAGAUGAUUUCCACCUUCUGGAAAAUAUCAUCUUAAAAACCUCAGGACAGAAGAUAAAGUCUCACAUUCAGCAUCUUCGAGUAGAAGAAGAUGUGGCGAGUGAUCUGGUGAUGAAGGUGGACGCACUCCUGUCGGCUCAGCCAAAAGGAGAAGCACGAGUUGAGUACCAGCUCUUUGAAGACAAACACAGUGCGAUCAAGCUGCGGCCCACGGAAGGGGAGACGUACUUCGAUGUUCUGGCUGUCAUCGACCCUGCCACCCGUGAGGCGCAGAGGCUCACCCCGCUGCUCCUGGUUUUGGUACAGCUGGUAAACAUGAAUCUAAGAGUGUUUAUGAACUGCCAGUCUAAACUCUCCGACAUGCCUUUAAAAAGCUUCUACCGUUACGUCUUAGAACCAGAGAUUGCCUUCACCUCAGACAAGAGCUUUGCUAAAGGUCCAAUAGCGAAGUUUCUGGAUAUGCCACAGUCACCGCUGUUCACACUGAAUCUGAACACACCUGAGAGCUGGAUGGUUGAAUCUGUCAGAACGCCCUACGAUCUUGACAAUAUUUAUUUAGAGGAGGUGGACAGCAUAGUAGCUGCUGAGUAUGAGCUGGAGUACCUGUUGCUGGAAGGUCAUUGCUAUGACGUCACCACAGGUCAACCCCCUCGAGGAUUGCAGUUUACAUUAGGAACUUCAGCCAAUCCUGUGGUUGUGGAUACCAUUGUCAUGGCCAAUCUGGGCUAUUUUCAGCUGAAAGCCAACCCGGGAGCCUGGUUUCUCAGACUGCGGAAGGGGCGCUCGGAGGAUAUCUACAGGAUCUAUAGCCACGAUGGUACUGAUUCUCCUCCUGACGCUGAUGAGGUUGUCAUCGUCCUCAACAACUUCAAAAGUAAAAUUAUUAAAGUGAAGGUGCAGAAGAAGGCGGACAUGGUGAACGAAGACCUGCUGAGCGAUGGGACAAGUGAGAAUGAAUCUGGAUUUUGGGACUCCUUCAAAUGGGGCUUCACAGGAGGACAGAAGACGGAGGAUGUGAAACCAGAUAAAGAUGACAUAAUUAAUAUUUUCUCUGUCGCAUCCGGUCACCUCUAUGAACGAUUUCUUCGCAUAAUGAUGCUGUCCGUGCUGAAGAACACCAAGACUCCUGUGAAGUUCUGGUUCUUGAAGAAUUAUUUGUCGCCUACGUUCAAGGAGUUUAUCCCUUACAUGGCACGCAAGUACAAUUUCCAGUAUGAACUUGUGCAGUACAAAUGGCCCAGGUGGCUUCACCAGCAGACGGAGAAGCAGCGCAUCAUCUGGGGUUACAAGAUCCUGUUCCUGGAUGUGCUUUUCCCACUCGUGGUCGACAAAUUCCUGUUUGUGGAUGCUGAUCAGAUUGUACGGACAGAUCUGAAGGAGUUGAGGGAUUUCAAUUUGGAUGGUGCCCCUUACGGCUACACUCCUUUCUGUGAUAGUCGAAGAGAAAUGGAUGGCUACAGGUUCUGGAAGUCGGGGUAUUGGGCCAGUCAUUUAGCUGGGCGAAAAUACCACAUCAGCGCACUGUAUGUCGUGGACCUGAAGAAGUUUAGGAAAAUAGCUGCUGGUGACAGACUCAGGGGACAGUACCAAGGGCUCAGCCAGGAUCCCAACAGCCUUUCAAAUCUUGAUCAAGAUUUGCCGAACAACAUGAUCCAUCAGGUGCCAAUUAAAUCACUUCCUCAAGAAUGGCUUUGGUGUGAAACGUGGUGUGAUGACGCCUCUAAGAAAAAGGCAAAAACAAUUGAUUUGUGCAACAAUCCCAUGACCAAGGAGCCCAAGCUGCAAGCAGCUGUGCGGAUCGUCCCCGAGUGGCAGGACUACGAUCAGGAAAUCAAGCAGCUGCAGGUGCGCUUCCAGGAGGAGAAGGAGGCAGGAACCCUGUACCAGGAAGAGACGCCCGAGCAGCCCCAAGAAGGACUUCAGAAUCAUGAAGAAUUAUGAUGUCUGGAGGACGAUAGGAAACGACGCCCUUUGAAAGACAGUUUUUAUACUAAAUGCUAGUUUUCUGAUCUGUCUAUACAACUGCUGAUGAACUGGCGGCGCGGCCACGCCACCCCUUUUGAUUCUGAACAUUUGAUUUUGACUUCUG